UGGUUCGUUUCCAGCUUCUAGGGAUAAAACAGGAAAUACAACAUCCUCCUUAUUCUCCAAUAUUACUUCAGUAAAGUUUAAGUUUAAUAGAUCACUACUAUAAUCAAAUGAACAGAGGACGUCCGAAUCAGCGUUAAUUUUUCAUAUUUGUCUGGCAGUUGAACGUCACACAAGAGUUAAAAAAGUAAUAGGUUUACUCGUAUAUUUCGUAUGAUUGUACGGUGGUAGCUUCUUCUCGGUAGUUCUGCGAAAGAGAAUUUAUUUGAAUUUUGAAUUGUCGAUACUUUGGCGCACUAAUAAAGAUUAGUGGUAAAAUCUGUCAGCGAUCAUAUCAGCAGAGCGGAAAUGAGAGUGGCUAAGGUGUUCCCCAUACUAGUGCUGCCACCAGCUUUUUCUUGCAGGGAUCUGACAUCUGACCUGACAUCUGAUCCAAUCUGAUCUGACCACGGCAAAGCUGACCAUCCAACCACAUCCAACUGACAUCCAACAAUGCCUUCAGGUCCAUGCAAUCGUGCAAUCAUGAAGACGCAUACGAAAAAUGAGAAACAAUCUGAAAAUAUAGCCACAAACAAGAAGCCAUUUGAUAAGAAGAAAUAUAGACUGCAGAAGUAUAGCAAUAAAUAUAAAAUUAAUCAAUGGGAGGAGCGCCGGAAGAAAGCUAUCUUACGAGGUUUCUACAAGGAGCUUGACAAAGACCAGCAACAAAAUUUAAAGACACAAUCUGCUUCCAAAGGAGAUGGUCAUGAAGAGUUUGUAUAUUUAUUAACCUUUCUAUAAAGAAAUAUGAAAAGAGAAUAAGAUUUUAUAAAAUUCAGAACG